AUGGACGACUCAAGGUUCAAAAAUACUCCCAAAGUCCUUAUUGCUCCAAAGCGGAAAGUGAUUCUCCUCACGGAACCUCCGACUGCAGCCUCGGGCUGCAAGAAUCCUGGAGAACCCGGCGAGAAGCUGAGGAUAGUCGAUUUGGGUGACAAAACCACAAAAAUGGCGCUCCACCGUCAGUUCAACGUCGACGGAGGCGUUGGGAGGACAGAGCACUCUCGCGGGGAGCUCCACUACUGUAUCAGAAUAACGGACAAAUCUGAAAAAGAGCUUUUCAUUCCCAAAUUACCACCCGGCACUAUUCUAGUUAAACAGGAUAACAAAAUUGUUAAGACGCCCAUGGAGAGCUCGAUCAAUUCGUUGAGGAAGAGACUCAGUCAACAAAUGCAUGGACAUGGACCCAAACGUAUCAUCCAACCUGAAAAGAACAAAAGUUCACAAGUGCGAAGAAAUCCUUCUCGCCUAUCAAAAAAGAAAAUCGACAAGGAUUUCCCUCGUCCCAGGCUCUUGGCGCUGAGACGCGGAGGGGGUGAGACGAAUGAGCCGGACGAGAAGAGACUGAAAUUAUCGGAUGUGCCUUACAUGAACACCAGGUCAGUGACCAAGCGGCUGUACAACGUCGGAGCUACUCUUCAGGUACCAAAUAUCCAAGAGGAGUUCGAGUGGAGGGAGUGGCCGACGCAUGGAAUGCAUGAGAGGCCUGUUUAUCAUCCCCAGGUGGGUCCUGCAGCUGAGUUUAUCGGCCGUUGCUUCGCCAGUUUCGACGGAGAAUCUUACCUCGAGAUCCCCAAAAAUCCAGACGUCGAAAUUGUCCCCCCAGCCCCACCCCGUCCCAAACGAAAAAUCCCAGAGCUGCAAAAAAUCGACUGGAAAUCCGACAGAACCUCCUUCGAGGAUUGCAUGCACCGGACGUUCCACUCGGUCCUCUCCUACGCAGCUUCGGUAAUGGCCCCUGAGUACAAAAAAAUCGAGGAGAGGAUCGUAAACUCCAAGCCUCCGACUAUCUCCAUUCAAUCCGAGUCAAAAAAGCCCCAGAGUCCAAUGAUCAAGGAAAAAACUGCUGAUAAAAUCCUCCAGGGAUCCCCUGCACCUCUGGACCCCGCAAAACCGAAGGUAUCCAAGCCAUUGAAUCUCAUGUGCAUAAAGAAUCACGCGAAGCUCCAGCAAGUCCUGGGGCGCGGGAAGAAGAAUACUCUGAUACUCCUCAAAACAUCAGAUCCUAAUUUGAAGAAAGAGAGUCCCUCCACGAGUCAAGUGUCCAGUGUUUCUCCUCCACAAUCAGAGAAAAUGGAGCAGAAAAAUUCGAAGCCUCCGGAGGAGAAGGCACUAAUCAACGUGAAGAUCGAGGAGAAGAAGAUCGACUGGGAGAGGGAGGCGAAAGAAACGGAGAAAAGUCUGAAGGAAUUGAUUGCAGACACUGCUGUUUUGUAUUGUACAUCGAUGGGGGUGCAUCAGGACGAUCUUAUUGGCUAUAUCGAUAGUUUAAAUUCUAGUGAGUGCCGAAAUUCGAUCGGUACGGAGUGA